ACCCCGUUGCUCGUCUUCCUCCUCGCGCGAGCGCCGCCAGUACCCAUCCCGCUGCCGAGCGCCCCAGCCCUCGCUCCGUCGCUCGUCUUCCUCCUCGGGCAAGCGCCGCAACCAGGUUGAUCUCUCCUUCGAUUCUCUCGCCCCCGGCCAUUUCUCCUCCCAUCACCUCACGAAUGGAUUCCGCCCUUUAGCCGCCCGUUUCAUCUCCUUAAUCUCCCCCAAUUGGUAACUGAGGCAAAAAUCAAGUGGACUGGUCACAGGAUGCAGGCUUUGCUGCGGAAUGUCUGUCGAGCCGGAACCCAUGGCGUGCCCAAGCUCCUGGAUUGUGCAGCUCCCGGAGUUGCACAGUUGUUUGUUAAAACCCUGAGGCCUUGCAGCUUGACUCGUUCAAUUGGGAGUUCAGUUACUACUCCCUAUGACAGUGUCCAGACAUAUGGUUUCUGCAUGAAAGCUUUGCUGUUGAGGGGUUUCUCGACAGUAGGGACUGCUGAGGUUUCUCUCGAGGAUGAAAAUUCCAGCUCUCCCAUGGCUGAGCACCCGCCACGUAUCAAGUUCAAGAGGCCUGACAAGACGGCCAGGCACAUUAUGAAUAUCUUAAACAAAGAGGCAGUCGACAAAGUCCGUACAGAGAGGGUCAUUCCUGAUAUACAGCCUGGAUGUAUUGUUCAAAUGAGAGUGCAAGUUCCUGAGAACAAGCGACGUGAGUCUACAUUGAAAGGCAUUGUCAUAGCAAGGCGCAAUGCUGGGAUCAAUACAACUUUCAGACUGCGCAGAUUAGUAGCUGGUGUGGGAGUUGAGUCUGUCUUUCCACUUUACUCGCCAAACAUCAAAGAAGUCAAGAUCUUGGACAGGAAGAAAGUCAGGAGAGCAAAGUUGUAUUACCUGAGAGACAGAAUGAAUGCACUGAAGAAAUGAUACAAUUUCAGCUUGGUUUCUUGUUGUUCUCAGUGGAUCUGCAUGGCUUCAUUUAACACAGUACUGUAUCGCUAUUCUUAGUUCCAGCUCCUAAAAGCUAUUGCUUCCUGUCACCAUGCUUGGUUUCUGAAGUGCCAGCAGAAAUAUUCUUCCGUGAUUUGGAAUUAACAGUUUGGCUAUGUGCUCAUUUGUGUUUUGUA